AUGUCGUUUCAAUUCGGCUUUUCAAAUGGUGAUCUAAGUGAUGAUGAGUUAAACAAUUCUGAAAUCUCAGCACAACCUGUUCAAGAGAGUAACGCGGCUCCAUCUCAAGUCUAUGUUGGGCGCACAUUGCUCGAUUCACCACAUCUUCAAUCGAAUGCAGUCAAACAGCCAAAUUGGGAAAGUUUGGAUGCGAUUUUACAAAGCUUGAAAGAUGUUCGAUUAUCCUUUGAGAAAUUUUCAACGCCCCAAAAUCAGGUCCCAAUUUAUAGAAGAGAGUUAUUUGAUGUCAAACACCAACUGAUGACAGAAGCAGAUGAGUUGACGGGAUCUGAAGCAAAGGUUGAACUAGAAAUCUUGAUGGGAGAGACAAACGAGGACGUGCGCAAAAAUGUCUACGAAGGUGGUUUAAAAUCCUGGGAGUGCUCAAUUGAUCUUGUGGAUGCAUUGGCUACAUCUUUGAAUAAUGAACAAUUACCAGAUACCAUAAUUGAAUUAGGCUGUGGUACCUCUUUACCAACAGAAUAUCUCUUCAUGAAACUACUUGAAAGCAAUUGCCCGCCAAAUAAAACAAACUUCAUUUUAUCCGAUUACAACGAGUCAGUUUUACGUCUUGUAACAAUUCCUAAUUUUAUCAUUGCCUGGGCAAAUAUUGCCUUGACUGCAGAGCAAAGAUCUGCGUUACAACAACAGGGCGAAGAAUCGUUGAAUCUUCCCGAUGAUGAACUGUUACUAACAAGUGAUCUUUUAUUAGCUUUCCGGGAGGAUUUAUCCAGAAGAAACAUCAACUUGAGUUUAAUAUCAGGAGCCUGGAGUCGAAGAUUUAAUGACAUGGUUUUGACAGCUAUCCAUCCAAAUAGAAAUCUUUGGAUAUUAUCUUCGGAAACAAUAUACCAGCCUGAAACGCUACCCGUUAUAUCCGAAGUAUUGAUUGAAUUACUCUCACAACAUAAACAACAAUACAAAUAUUCAGCCAGGGCAUUAGUGGCUGCCAAGGACAUUUACUUUGGAGUUGGCGGAAGUAUCAUCGAGUUUCAGCAUUACAUUGAGUCUAGAAUACGAGAAGAUGCUCUAAACCUUUCCAUGCAAAUUUUGAAAGUCAAUGCAGGGCUAAAAAGGUCCAUUGUCGUCAUUGAAUAG